ACACACACAACUUCCGCUUAUCGCCCAGAAGAACUGAUAAUUUAUUAUACAAAAAUAAAUUAUUUAUAUUGUUUUGGCUAGACUAGAACAGAUGCCGGUUGCGUACGUAUCAUUUACAUAGAGAAGAGAGGACAAAGUCCAAUAGUUUGACACUUGAUAAACCACUAUUCUGGACUUUGGAACACAAACAUAAAGUUACAUAGUCAACUAUUCGAGAAUGUUUCCGUUAAGGCACUUAGUUAGCAAUGCCACCAGGAGGGUUGUGCCUAGUUUUAGAGCUAUGUCUAGCUCAGGUCCCCUGGUGGACACAGCUGUUGACAAUGAAGGAAUAGCAACUGUGACGAUGCAGAGGCUGCCAGUAAACAGCUUGAACCUAGACCUUCUACAAGCCAUGGACAAGGCACUUGACGAAGUUACCAAAAAUAAAUGCAAAGGAAUGAUCUUGACAUCUGCAUCACCUACCGUGUUCUCCGCUGGGCUAGAUAUUAUGGAGAUGUACAAACCGGACAUGAAGAGAGUUGAAACUUUCUGGAAUACAUUACAAGAAGUAUGGAUCAAACUGUUCGGAUCCAGCUUUAUCACAGCUGCAGCCAUCAAUGGUCACGCACCAGCAGGCGGCUGUCUCCUGGCAAUGUCCUGUGAAUACCGCGUGAUGAUGAGUGGGAAAUACAGCAUUGGUCUGAACGAGACGGCGCUUGGCAUCGUGGCUCCAAACUGGUUCAUGCAUACCAUGGUCAAUACCAUACCCCAGAGGCAGGCUGAGCUGGCUCUCACUACUGCUAGGAUGUUCUCCGUUGAUGAGGCUUUGAAGGUUGGCCUAAUCGAUGAAACCGCAACAGACAAGGCAGAUGCAGUAGCCAAAUGCAAGCAAUUUAUUAAGAAGUUUGACAAGAUCCCACCUUUAGCCCGUUUCCUAACCAAGCAAAAGAUUAGGGAAGCUCCUUUAAAAUGGAUGAUGGACAAUCGUACCCAAGACACGCAAGAGUUCCUAAUGUUUGUAGGACACCCUAAAGUACAGAAAUCAUUAGAAAUGUACAUACAGGCUUUGAAACAGAAGGGUGGCAAGUGAAUAUAGUAUUAAAAUAUUAUGUUUUUUAAUAAGUCAUGUUUUUUUUUCUUAUUCUUAUACAUAUACUCAUACAGUAUGUUCUAUAUUGUAAGAAUGAUUGACUAUACAGUCUAAGCUAUAGUUUGUUAUACUCGUUUAUUUUUUAUUGUUGUAAUCAAGUUGAGAAUAGAAUAAAUGAAUUUAUUUA